AUGUUCUGCCAUCCUUCUCAACCGCCAGCGUUUGUGCCCUGUUCGCUUCUGGGGGCGCUGGUUGGCGCCACGGCGGUGUACACCUACGAGCAGGGUGACAUCAGCGCGGUCAGGCGGAAGCUGCUGCCCUCCGUCAAGCGUCACGUGACCCAGGCGCGGGACGAAGUCACGGCGGUGGCAGCUGACCUGCGGGGCGAGGCCCACCGCCUGCGCCACGAGCAGGAGAGGGCGCUGCGGCGCCUUGCGGCAGAGGGCGACCGCGCCGCGCCCGCGCUGCGGGAGGCGGCAGCCGAGGCGGAGCGCGCGCUCGCGCCAGUGCUGCGCGGCGCGUCGGCGGCGGCGGAGCGGGGGCGGAGGGAGAUCGAGCGGAGCCUGCGGGCGCUGGAGGACGCGGCAGCGGCCGCGUCGGCGGGCGGCGGCGGCGGCGGCGGCGGCGGCGGCGGCGGCGACAGCACGCAAGCGGUGGUGCGGCGGCGGCACGGGGCAGCUGCUGAGCAGUCGCUCGCGCGGCGGUUCAAAGUUGAGACCGAGAGCGAGUAUUAA